AUGUCCCUUUAUUGUGGAAUAGUUUGCAGGAGAAAAUCUUUUUGGUGCUCUAGGCUGCUGUCAACCUAUGUCACUAAGACAAGGUAUAUGUUUGAACUAAAGGAAGAUGAUGAUGCCUGUAAGAAAGCCCAGGGUACAGGAGCAUUCUACCUCUUUCAUAGCCUGGCCCCUUUGCUUCAGAAACCAGAGCAUCAGCAUCAGUACCUGGCCCCCCGGCACAGUCUGUUAGAGUUGGAAAGGCUCCUGGAGAAAUUUGGACACGACACACAAAAAAUAGAAGACUCUGUACUGAUUGGCUGCUCUGAACAACAUGAAGCAUGGUUUGCACUGGAUCUAGGUCUGAAUAGUCCCUCUUCCACAAACGCUUCCUUACAGAAAUCUGAAAUGGAGAAAGAGCUCAAGGGGUCUUUCAUUGAGCUGAGGAAGGCCCUAUUUCAGCUGAAUGUGAAGGAUGCCUCUCUGCUGUAUACGGCUCAGGCUCUUCUCCGCUGGCAUGAUGCCCAUCAAUUCUGCAGCAGGAGUGGGCAACCCACCCAGAAGAACAUGGCUGGCAGCAAGCGUGUGUGCCCUUCCAAUAAGAUCAUCUAUUAUCCACAGAUGGCUCCUGUGGUGAUCACUCUGGUGUCCGAUGGAUCCCGAUGCCUGCUUGCCCGCCAGAGUUCCUUUCCCAAGGGAAUGUAUUCUGCCUUGGCAGGUUUCUGUGACAUAGGUGAAAGUCUGGAAGAAGCUGUGCGGCGGGAAGUUGCAGAAGAGGUGGGACUAGAGGUGGAAAGACUGCAAUAUUCUUCAUCUCAGCACUGGCCCUUUCCUAAUAGCUCCCUCAUGAUUGCUUGUCAUGCAACUGUGAAACCUGAGCAGACAGAGAUCCAAGUGAACUUUAGAGAACUGGAGGCAGCUGCCUGGUUCAGCCAUGAAGAGGUGGCCACAGCUAUGAGGAGAAAGACCCCAUAUACCUCAAAACAGGAGGGAACCUUCCCAUUUUGGUUGCCCCCCAAGUUGGCGAUUGCCCAUCAAUUGAUUAAGGAAUGGUUAGAAAAACAGAACUGAUCUUCUGUGCCUGCUUAG